UGCUGCUGGCCCUUUAACUGCGGAGCCUCUCUGAGGUCCACGUGGCGACGGUGCGGACUCCAGACCAGCGGGGCGGCUCGCGUUCGGGUGGCUGCCACGCUUCGUCUUUCGGUGUUUUUCACCAAAGCUGCGUCAUUUAACCGUGUCGCUCGCCUCCUCACCUUUCAAGCCGCUGUUAAGGCUGAAUCUCAGACAUAUAACGCCGGCACCAUGACGGAAGACCUGGAGCGCAUUCUGUCCCAGCUGACGCAGGCCGACAGCGCCGCCAUCCAGCAGGCUACAACUCAGUUGAAAAUGGCCUUCAGAGACCCAGCAGUAAUUCCAGCGCUGUGUGCAGUGAUGAGUGGAUCACACGAUCCCCAGAUUCGGCAGUCUGCUGCAGUGAUGCUGAGGAUGCGGGUGAAGAAACACUGGAAGAAGAUCAGCCCUGACCACAGAGAAAGCCUGAAGGCUGUGGUUCUGCAAGCAUUUCAGCAGGAGACAGAACACAUGGUCCGGCACUCGCUGUCCCAGCUCAGCGCUGUGCUGGUGAAGCACGAGACGCCUGACCGCUGGCCCGAAUUGCUGAACCUUCUCAACCAGUCCACCAAGAGCUCCAAUCCCCAGGACAGACAGGUGGGCUUGCUGCUGCUCAGUAAAGUAGUGGACUCGAACCCAGAGGCCUUCAAACCUCACUACCGGCAGCUGCUGCGGCUGUUUGACACAGUGCUGCAGGACCUAAGCAGCCCCACUGCCUUGUACUACUGCAUUCUGACCCUGACGGCCAUCACUGCCCACACCGGACAGGGGGAGCUGAACAUGAUGCGCUCCCUUGUUCCAAGGCUGUCAGUCGCCAUAAGACAUCUUGUCAAGGCAGAUCAGGAUCAGGCUAGUGAGGCAAUGGAAGUGUUUGACGAAAUGAUGGAGAGUGACAUUUCCGUCAUGGUUCCCCACGUCUCCGAUAUCGUCCGCUUCUGGCUAGAGAUUGCUGUAGAUGCGUCUCUCAGCGACUCCCUGCGAAUGAAGGCUUUGUCCUGUACAGCUUUCCUCAUCAGACUCAGGAGCAAGGUUAUUCUAAAGCAGAAGCUGCUGAGCCCUAUUUUGCAAACUGUGUUCCCGGUGCUGAGUGCAGCGCCCCCUCCUGGGCAGGAGGACCCUGAGGAUCAGGAGGAUGCAGAGAAUGGUGAAGAUGCUGAAAGCCCCAAGCACUUGGCCGCUCAGGUCAUAGACACCCUUGCGAUGCACCUGCCUCCUGAGAAGCUCUUCCAGCAGCUGACGCCCUUCAUGCAGGCCUGCCUGUCUAGUAAGAAUCCCUAUGAGCAGAAGGCAGGCCUGAUGUGUCUGGCAGUGCUGGCCGAAGGCUGUGCAGACCACAUGCGCACAAGGAUGCUGCCCGCCGUGUUGCAGACUGUGUGUCAGAGUCUGUCAGACAGCAAUCAGCUGGUGCGCAGUGCUGGUCUCUUUGCUCUGGGACAGUUUUCUGAGCAUCUGCAGCCGGACAUCAGUAAAUACUGCACCGAGUUGAUGCCGCUGUUGAUGGGAUAUUUGUCGGGAUUGAAUCUAGCCAAGACUGGACAUGUAACGAAGGCCUUCUAUGCCCUGGAGAACUUCCUGGAGAACCUGGGUGUUGAAAUCCAGCCGUACCUGCCCACGCUAAUGGAGACCAUGCUGGGUGCUUUGAAUACCUCGGGCAACCUGAAGAUUAAAGAACUGGCUGUCAGCGCUAUUGGAGCCAUCGCCAAUGCCGCGAAGGAGAUGCUGGUGCCAUACUUUCCCCCAGUGAUUGAGAGCCUGAAGGCUUUCCUCAUGGACAUACGGGAGGAAGUGAGGUGUUUGCAGACCCAGGCUUUGGACACGCUGUCGGUACUGGCUCGCACCGUGGGGAAGGAUGUUUUUGGCCCCCUGGCCUCGGAGUGUGUGCAGCUGGGUCUCAACCUCAUGGAUGCUGUCGACGACCCUGAUCUGCGCCGCUGCACGUACUCGCUCUUCUCAGCUGUAUCCACCGUCAGUCCAGAGAGUUUGACUCCACACCUCAGCACCAUCACCUCCGCCAUGCUGCUGUCUCUCAAAUCCACUGAGGGUGUCACGGCUCACCCAGACGAAGAAGCCCAGUUUGUCCUUCUUGAUGAUGACGAUGAUGACGAUGACAGCGGUGAUGUAGUUUUGGAUGAGGAAGGAGAGAAGGAGGGAAAUGAGAGCGACAUUGCUGGUUUCAGUGUAGAGAAUGCCUACAUUGAUGAGAAGGAGGACGCCUGUGAUGCCCUGGGAGAACUCGCCUUUAACACUGGCACUGCCUUCCUCCCCUUCCUGGAGGUGACUUUCCAGCAGGUCUUUCAGAUGCGUGAUUUCCCCCAUGAGGACGUGCGCAGGGCUGCCUUCGCUGCCAUGGGCCAGUUUUGCUGUGCUCAGCACAAAGUGUGGCAGGGGAACCCCACGGAGGACAACCACCAAGCUCUGCAGAAGUUUCUGUCUGUGGUGCUUCCGAGCUUCCUGGAGGCCGUGAGGCAGGAACAUGAGAGGCAGGUAGUGAUGGCCGUGCUGGAGUCCAUGAACGGCGUGUUAAAGUCCUGCCAGGGGGAGGCGCUGCGGCCGGCUGCUAGGCUGGGGGAGAUCAGCCAGCUUAUCCGCAGUGUCCUCAAAAAGAAGACGGCCUGCCAAGAUGGAGGAGGUGACGGAGCCGAUGAUGAGCAGCAGGCUGAGUUUGACGCCAUGCUGCAGGAGUUCGCGGGUGAAGGGAUCCCCCUCCUGGCCUCUGCUGUGCCUGCCGACACCUUUUACCCAUAUCUAAAUGAGCUACUGCCCCUCGUCAUGAGCAAGGCCAAAUCCUCCUGCACGGUGGCAGAGCGCUCCUUCGCCCAGGGCACGCUGGCCGAGAUCAUGCAGUCGCUGGCGGCUGUGUCUGGCGGCAGGGCGGUCGCUGGGCGCCUGUCAAACCGGCUGCUGCCGGUGAUGAUGGCCGGGGUGCGAGACAGUGACCCAGAGGUGCGCAACAACAGCGUCUUCGGCCUGGGCUCGCUUGCCAAGGCUGCUGGGCCAAUUAUCACUGAGAAUUACCCUACGCUCCUCUCCUUGUUUUCAUCUCUCCUGUCCAAAGAGUCGGACAGGAGGGUCAUUGAUAAUGUCUGCGGUGCCCUCUGCAGGAUGAUCACUAGCAACACGCCGUGUGUGCCUCUGGAUCAGGUGUUUCCUGCUGUCCUCUCCCACCUUCCUCUGAAAGUGGAUCUGGAGGAGAACCGGACCGUAUUUGACUGCAUGGCCUUCCUGUACUCUCAUAAUCCCUCAUUGGUUGUGAGUCACAUUAAAGCUGUACUUUCUGCAUCCAGCCAUAUUAUAGGAACCAAAGACCUCGAUGCCGAUGGCCAGGAUACAUUGCUACUGUUUCUAAGAAACUUGGCUCAGCAUCAUUCGCGUGAAUUCCAGUGUGCAGUGAUGUCUCUUCCCAGUGAAAGGAAGACGGCGCUUGUGGCACUGGUCACGCCGGUGUAGACUCAUUUCAGUCCAUUUCGUUUUGGUUAAACACAGUCUACCCAGGGAGCUUCAGACUAAUGGAAAUGUCCAACAGCCAGCCGCUUGCAUUCACCAGUGAUGUGCCUCAGCACUUUGUAUGUUACAUAACAUAAACUAAGAACGUAACAAACCAGGCUUGUGCACUUUCUUUUACGCUGUCAUCUGCCGUCGCUGUCAGUUAGUUCCUUGCCGAAUAUAAGGGGAGGGGGACAGGAGACCGUGGGGGACAGGAGACCGUGUCUGCAUCUCUGAACAUGUCUUAGCAUCUUUUGCAUAUUUGCCUUGAAGAAAACUCCAGCACUGCUUUACUAAGGUCGUCACUUUCCAGUGGGGUCACCAAGGGGUCACGAUUUAUAAAUGGCAGCGCUCACUAAGGGAAAGCUUCUUUUUUUAUUUUUACCUGCUUUAUAAGGUUAAAUGGGUUAGACCCUCUGCUCUCUACAUCCAGAGAAGAGCCUCUGUGAUCUUGCAAGCUUCAGUGUGGUGUGACUCCAGCCCAUUCUGUACCCUCCAGAGGUUCUGAGGAGCCUCAUAGGAGACACACUGGACAGCAGGCUGUACGACACAUUUAUUUCUGCUUGCAUAUAUAAUAUUCAGAUAAAUCAGUUAUUUCCAGUUAGGCUGUUUUUGAUACCCACACUUAAAUGGCUGUAAGUACCUAAAUAAAUUCACCCGACUUUA